AUGAUCUGCCGCCACAGCAAUUCCCUGCCGGCGGCGCUGGAAGACGACGACAUGCUCUGGGAGAUCCUCCUCCGUCUUCCGCCCCAGCCGUCCUCCCUCCCGCGCGUCUUCGCUGUCUGCAAACGCUGGCGAGGCCUCGUCACCGACUCUAGAUUCCUUCGCUGCUUCUAUGCACACCACCGCCCGCCCCUCCUCGGCGUCUUCUUCAAUCACGAUGAUAAGAUCAAGUACACCCCCGUCCUGCCCGCUCCAGACCGCAUCCCUCACGGGCAGCUCAACCUGCCACUCGGCGACUUGUCGGGCCGGCUGCUCGGGUGCCGGCACGGCCUUGUCCUCAUCUUACACCGGUUGCGCACCGAGGUCCUCGUGUGUGACCCCAUCACCGGUAAUCAGCACCAUGUGACAAUUCCACCCGAGUUCAAAUGCGGCUACGUCCACGGGGCGGUGGUCUGCGCUGCCCGUGACCGGGGCCACGUACACGGCGAUUGCCACUCCAUCCUCUUUAAGGUGGUCUUGCUGCUUACGCGCACUACACAUGGUCGACCUCUUGCCUCUGUUUAUUCUUCCGAGACCGACACAUGGGCCGAUCUCAUCUCAAUAGAGGUUGAAUAUCGAGAUAGUUUUGGCUCUUAUAUUAGUACCCUAGUUGGUAAUGUUCUUUAUUGGUCAUUUAAGUAUGUGAAGGAGGGUAUACUUGCCUUUGAUUUGGAAAGGCAUAGCUUUGAUGUGCUGGAGGGGCCUCCCGGUAUGAAUCAUUCCUACAGCCGACAGAUCAUCCGGACAGAGGAUGGCACAGUUGGUCUCGCCAUGAUCUCUCGCCCUGAUCAUAACAUUGAAAUGUGGCAGAGGAAGACCAAUUGUCUUGGUGUUGCCACCUAG